AUGGAGUCCGACGUGCUGGGGCACCAGUCUCGUGUGGUCUUAAAGACCGUCAGUCGGAUGCCUCGGACAUUUAUAAGUCAGCUUUAUGCUGUCGACAUGGCAGUAACGGGCUGGGUCAGCUUUGGGAGCUUGUCCUACGCAGCAUGCGCGAUUUACCUCGCCAGCCAAAACGUUGACAGAAGCUGUGCGGCCGGUAUCGGGGAGCAGGUUGCGUCCGUGGAGUGGACCUUCCAGGUGCAAACGGCGGCCUUUGGGGCUGUUUUGUUGCUGAACCUGCUGAAUCUGGGAAUGCGACAGCAUCUGCUGCCCUUUAAGUGCAACCUGCUGCUGCUUUUCAUUAACGGUGUAGCUUUCGUGACGGACCUGCUGCUGUGGCGAGGUGCCACUAUGGUGAUGUUCUCAUCCUCGGGGCGGCCAUUCGCGCCGCUGCGUUACGUCCAGUGGUGCCACUCCACUCCCACCAUGAUUUACAUGCUGGCCUUACUUGCAGACUGUGGUGGCUGCCAGCUGGCAGUGCCGCUGCUGAGCGAUGUGCUCAUGGUGGCUUCCGGGCUGGCGGCGUGCUACACACGGGGCUUCCUGAAGGAUGCCAUGACCAUCGUCUCAUUCGGGACUUUUAUCGUCGUACUGUACUACGUUUACGGAAUGUUCCACAAAACCCUCUCCAGCGAUGUAUCCCCAGAGCAGCGCAGCACCCUGCGUACCGUACUGGCCCUGCUGCUGGCGCUGUGGAGCGCUUUCCCCGUCGUUUGGCUGGCGGCCGACUGGCACCUGAUGGGUCCGCAGAUGGAGGCCAUAUGCUGGGGCGUGUGUGAUUACCUGGCCAAGGUGGUGUUUAGCAGCCAGCUGUGGCAGAGCAACCUCACGGAGGUGCAGCUGCGGAGGGACCGGGCGCUGGAGGCCUGGGAGGCGAGCAACCGAGUGGAGGCGGUGACGAGGCUUACGGCGCUGCUGAAGCAGCGGGAUGACCUCCUCAGCACGCUGAGCCAUGAGUUGAGGACACCGCUGGCGGGUAUUGUCGCUCUUUCGGAGAGCCUCUGCCAGGAGGUUUCCGCCGCCCUGCCCAGCAGCGCCCAGAACCUGGCUACCGUCCGCGCCACCGCCACAUGCAUGCUCAACAUUGUGACGUCAACAUUGGACAGCUUCGCGGCCCGCCGGGUGGGGGAGCCAGGGGGCGCCCCCUACGUUGGUGAUGACGGGUCUGGUCCUGUAACUCCCUCGGUGCCGUUGGUUGCGCUGGAUCUGCGGCCGCUGGUGGAGACGGUGACGACGGUGUUGCGGCCAUUGGCGCAUGACGGCGUGGCCAUUGUGAGCGACCUGCCCAGCGUCCUGCCGCUCGUGGCGGCGGACUCGACACGGCUGAGCCAGGUGCUGUACAACCUCGUCGGCAACGCCAUGCGCUUCACUACACACGGGGAGCAAUACAAGCGCCAACGGGGGCGGUGGCGGCAUCUGGCGCUACGGCAGACCGCGAUUGUCCCAGUCCUCCGUGUCAUCUUGGUCCAGUGUCGCCAGCUUCCCGGCUGGGACGCAGGACUGGGGCUGUAUCUGGUACGCCUGGCGCUUCGGGCGCAAGGUUCGGACAUCACUGCCGAGUCGGCACCAGGGCCGCACCACCAGCAGCAGCAAGUGGUACUCGUGGAGGAAGUCUCGAAUCAGACCCACCAGCAACAGCAGUCUCAUGCGGAUUAUGAGUCCGGGUCUCACGCGCAGCUGUCGGGUUCCGGUUUUGACUGCGGUGAAGCGCGCUUCUCUUACCCUGUCUCCGCCGUCACUACCGCCAGCGAUGGUUCCGGAGCCGAACGCGUCAGUGCGGCUCCAUCCUCGCCCAAGCCGACAGUGCCAUCGUCUCCAAAGCCCUGGGUUGCCUGUGCCACAGCGCGCCUGGUUAAGCUCAGCGCCGGCGCCGCUGCAGCUGGGAGUCGCACUGGCGAUGGUGAUGGCGAGAGCGGCGCCGCGAUAGCAAGCGCAGGACCGCAACAUCCACCCACUAGCGCAUUCCUCUUGGGUGAAUCCCCUGGCCCCCUCCAUAGCCGUCCUCUACGCAUGAGUCUGGAUGAGCAGCGCAGGAACCUGCUUUUCCCGCAGCACAAGCAGCCGUCGUCGGCAUCGGCAUCAGCGGGGUCCCGCUGCAAAGCCUCCUGCACGGCGGAAUGCUGUGGGCGGGAGCCGCCGGCGCAGGGUGCUGCAGUGUUGGGGGUUGCGUCUAAAGCAGCGGCGAGCACUGACAUUCUAUCCGCUGUUGCGGAUGCGGGUCUAGGUGUUGCUGUGCCCCAAGUGACGACAGUACCCCCGUUGCGUCUCGUGACGCCGACGCUGACACCCGCACCGACGCCCACCGCCGCGAUGACUCGAAACUCUACGGGGAACGUUAUGUCGUCGUUGACACCGUUCGAUGUGGCACACGCGAUGGAGGAAGGACGCCAGCUGGCGCGGAGCGGGUUGCGGCCUAACUUCCGGCACCGGAACAACGGCACACUACAGGUGCUGUCAGUAGACGACGACCCCAUCAACCAGUUAGUGGCGGGCCAGAUGCUGACCAGCCAGUCCUGGAAGGUCGUCAAGUGCAUGAACGGACCCGAGGCGCUGGCGCACCUGCAGCUCGCCCCGAAGCCUGGCACCGUUGCUGCCGCCGCCGCUGCCGCGUCAGCGUCAGUUUCGGAACAGCCAGUGAUGGGGGCCUCGGCGUCUGCGGCGGCUUCCCUGGCUGCGGCUGCUGCGGCAGCGCAGCCACUGCUGCUGCCUGCCGUCCUUCCGGAUUGCGUCCUACUGGACGUCAUGAUGCCCGGCAUGAGCGGAUUUGAAGUAUGCCGCAAGAUGCGGGAGCACUUCAGCUCCGCGCAGUUGCCCAUCAUCAUUGUCUCGGCCAAGGGAGAUUCCGCGGCAGUUGAUGAGGCGUUCGAAUCGGGUGCCGAUGACUACAUGACUAAGCCGUACAAGCGUACGGAGAUGGUAUCGCGCAUCAAGGCGCAGAUUCGGACACGCGACAGCAUCUUGGACGCCGCAGCGAGGGCAGCAGCAGCUGCCGCGAUGCUGCCUGCGCAGCCUGCGCAGGAGCUGUCCCCUCCUGCACCGAUCACGUCUGGGUCGACGACGACGGCAUGGACGGGGUUGGGGACGGGAGGUACGCCUCGCGCGUGUUGCUCCUCUGCCGCUGCGAGGAUGCUGCCCGCGUGCAGCGGCGCCGCGUCCGAGGUGCCGUCCCCCUCGCCGUCGCCGCUCCACCAGGUCGCUCACCAAGGGCCUCACCUGGACGCAAGGCCCACAUCUGUGGACGUGUUUCUGCUGCAGCAGCCCACACCCAAUGUAAUCAAGAUGCGCAUGGGGGCGAGCCGGGGUGGCCUGGACGGCAGCUGGGGCAGGGUGGGCCUGUACAAGCGGGACGGCAUGCUCAGCCGCACGGGCUUGGUGGAGGGAACGGUGACACCGUGGGACGCCGGCUUGCGGGAGGGGCCUCUUAAAGACCCGGUAACGGCACCAGCCAUAGUCCUGGGCUCCCCUAUGAUCGACCUGCAACCCGUAGAAGGAAGCCUAACCGGCGCGGCCGGCGUUUCUGCUUCAGCUGGUGCCCCGGGAUCCUCUAGCGACACGAUACACAAGCAGGUGGUUGAACCGCUGGCGCCGGCGGCAGGGCUGGCGGAAGCGGCAGCAGCAGAGGUGGGCGUGGCUAUCGGGAUGAGUAAGCCUCCGGAGGCGCUGCCAGAGGCCACCAUGGUCGAGCCGGCGAAGGAGCUGGCGUCGACAGCGAACACGCCUGGACUGUGUUUGGCUGGCGGCCAAUCCCCGGCUGCAACGAGUGGCACGGGGAGAUGUAGCUCUGACGCUGGCUCGGUCACAGCUGCUGGCAUUGUGGCCGCGCUGGUAGAUGUUGCGACUGCUUCCGGAGCCUCUGAAGGUGCAGUCGCCGAGGGCGCUGCCAGCAGCCGCGGAGAUGGGGGCAGCAGUAGCGGCUGCAGGGGCUGUGGCGAUGGCGGCGAGCCAUCGGGUGCAGCGGCGCUGAUGCGGGAGGUGCUGACAGAGGUUCGGCGAAGCCGCGUUGUUGAGGCAGACAUUGAGAGGCUGACCUCACGCGUGGCUGCACUUCGUACGGCAUGCUGUACCCUGGCGGCUGAGCGUGACGGCUGGCGGCGUCAGGCACGGGACUUGCGGGCACUGCUGGCCGCGGGUCUUGGUGGCGCCAUUGCCGUUCCUGCUGUGUCAAUGCCGGUACAGGCCAAGGCCCGCAACUCGGCGCAGCCUCACCUAGCACUGGCAGAGGCACUGGCGGCGGCGCACGGCAGCCGCUCGAGCGCUGACAGCUUGGGCAUUACCGGCGGUGGCGCUCCGAACGGCGGCGCGGUGGCGGCGCAACUGGAGGAUCUGAAGAAGGAAGCGGCACUGCUACGGCAACAACUGAGCAUGGCACUGGCUAGUGUGGGCGGUAAUGGCAGUAUCGCACUGGGGGGGGCCACAGAUACGGGCGGCAGCCGGAAUUUCGGCUUGCCCAGCAGUUGUUUUCCUGCCGUACGGCCACAGCGCGGCCUGCUGGGGGCGCCGCGCACCUCCGACUCCCCACACUCGGCAGCCAUAACCCGCGUCGGAGCAACAGGUGACCAGGAUCGCUCCGGCGGUGGCGGCGGCAACGACGGUGCGCCGCCGUGGGGCGUGUCUGUGUUCCCCAAUACAGCGUACGUGCCGCCACCUGACAUUUUCCUUACCACUGAGGCGAGUGGUCUGUCUGCGGGUAGCGGCCCGGGAGGUGGGGCUUGUGAAGGCUGUGCCAGCGGGGAAGCCGGCGCAGGCGGCUGCCAUGCUGCCGGCGCAGCUGCCAGGCACGGCAAGAGGGCGCUUACGAGGGCUGCUUCGUCCGGGGUAGCUGGAGCCCCAGGGUUGGUGUCGCGGGCGGGACUGGCGGCGGCGGCUGAGAUUGCAAUAGCUAAGCACGCAAAUGGCGGUGGCGGUGGCGGCGCCGCUGCCGCAGGGGGCAGCGUUGGCAAGGAGGACAAUGCUGCCGCGCCUGUACGGGCUAGCGGCGACGGCACGUCCGAUGCGGCGGUUGCAUUAGCCCUGCCUCAGCUUCCGAAGGGGGACACAGCUCAGGUUCUGGGCGAGCUGAGGGGCAGUAGCGUAGCUAGUGAAGGGGGGCGCCGGGCUACCGCCUCGACCAGCGCCGGGGAUGAGAUGUGUCGUGUGAGCAGCACCGCCCGCGCGCCUGUGGUGCAGGCAUCUUCGUCGCGUGGCUCCCGUUCCAAGGGUGGUGGUGGAGGUGUAGCCGGCACUUCUGGCAUCCUGCGGUUGUUGUGCAGUAAGGGCGCUGCACCGACGGGUUCCUCGCCCAACGUCAGCCCACAUAGGCGCAACCCUCAUCAUCAACAGCAGCAGCAGUAG